UGAUGAGCACACACACACACAGAUAUUUUAUACUCUGCUUUUGAGGGAAUUGAUUGUUGUUGCUAUAUCGGCGGCGGUAAAUUAGGGCAACGGUAUCCGAUCUGUUCAACUUUAGUUGAUCGAAAGAAAGCCACCUCCAUGGAGUCUGCAAGUUUGAAAAUGAUAUCAGAUUGCUUCAUCAAACCAAAAUUCGUAUCAGAAGAAGCUAAAAAACCAACUUACAUGGCCCCAUGGGAUCUCGCCAUGCUCAACCUAACUUACAUUCAAAAGGGUCUCCUCUACUCCUUGCCCCCCGAAAACAAAAAAGACUUCUCCACGGCCGACUUCGUGCACCGCCUCAAAGACUCCCUUUCUGACACACUCACUCAUUUCCACCCACUCGCCGGCCGUUUAGCCACCGUAAAACAAACAAACCCGCCUUCUGUGGUCAUCUUCAUCAAUCCGGAGAACAGUCCGGGAGCAAGAUUCAUACAUGCCUCGGUCAACUUGACGAUUGAUGAUCUUCUUACGCCCACUGAUGUUCCGCUGAUCGUGGAAUCGUUUUUCGAUCAUCACAAGACUAUCGGUCACGAUGGGCACCAGAAGUCGUUGGUGUCGAUUCAAGUCACGGAACUUGUUGAUGGAAUCUUUGUCGGUUGUUCAAUGAGCCACACGGUGGCUGAUGGAACUUCCUUCUGGCAUCUUUUCAACUCGUUAUCGCAAGUGUUCCUGUCCAAACCGAUCGCACCUCCUGUUCUCAAGCGAUGGGUUCCGGAAGGAUGCGACCCGAUCAUCUCCCUCCCCUUCGCCCAUCAAGACGAAUACGUCAACAGACCAAAUCCGCCAUUGGUACGACAGCGAAUCUUCCAUCUUAACUCAAAUGCUAUGGCUAAACUCAAAGCAAAAGUGAACUCAGAAUGCAGCACCACAAGGAUAUCCACUUUACAGACGCUCUUGGCAGUGAUAUGGCGGUGCGUGAUCCGGGCCAGGCGGUUUCCGGCUGAAAAAGAAACCUCUUGCAAAUUGCCGGUGAACGUCAGAAGCAGGAUGUCACCACCUUUGCCAGAACACUACUUCGGUGUUGCGAUUCAAACUGUGGGAAUAAAAACAACCGCCGGGGAGCUGCUGGAUCACAGUAUCGGGUGGGCGGCGAAGCAGUUGCACGAGUUGGUGGUUAACCAUGGGGAUAAACAGAUCCGUGAGUAUGCGGAAUCAUGGGUGAAGAAUCCGAUUGUGCAUAAAAUGGACGUGAUUUAUGAUGGGGUUGGUGUAAGUAUGUCGAGUUCACCAAAGUCUGAUAUGUACGGUGUUGAAUUUGGGUUGGGGAAAGGAGUGGCGGUGUUGUGUGGGAAUGCGAUGAAGUUUGACGCCAAGGUCUCCUUGAACGCCGGACGGCCACGCGAUGGUGAAGGACUUAUGGAUGUGGAUCUCUCCCUGCUACCGGAAACCAUGGCGCUUUUUGAAACUGACCAAGAGUUUAUGAGUCUUGUGCAGCUCUAAUUUAUGUUCUUCCUACUUGCGAUUUCCUUCCUUAUUUUCAAGUACCUAAGUUUCAGUUUUAUGAUCCAAAGACUCCAUUUUCCACUUCUCCAGGGUUUUUGCCACCUUCCAAGAUCGAAAAGGCAAGGAGGGAGGUUCUUAUCAGCAGCAUAUUCUUUCGAGCUCCUAAAAGCCAUCCACUCAAGAGCCGAAGAAAUUGCCUAGGCUUCAAGACUCCAAUGUAAGGCAAGUUCCUGUACUGUUCGUUGAAAUCCAGACCAUACCCCACGACAAAUGAAUCCGGGCACUGUUGCAGACAGAACAAUUCAUGUUUUAAUGUCAUAUGCAGAAAGAAUAGAAAAACAAACCAUAUUAGCAGUUUUUAAGUAUCAUAAAAGUUCAUGAGUAGGUCCUAUCUCGCUAUCAAAUAUCUAUAUUAUCACACAGGCACAUAACAAAAGUAGUAAUGGGAUUGUUCAAUGCUAACUUCUACUAAUGAAUUACAAUUUUGCUUUCAUCAGUAGGUCAUAAGUCAUUAUCUCAUAUCUAACAAUUCUCACGGAACCCUUAAUCUUUCAAAUGCAUAGAGUCAUAUCAAAAAGUGGGCUUGAUCAUUGAUGUAUCAUCUACAACUCCAUACAACGACAAUACAAGUAAUGGUUGAGUUGAUGUUCCAAGACUAAAAAGAACAGAUGGAAGGUUGGCGAAGUAGUCAUGACUCAUGAGAUUACAACCAAAAGAUGACCAUUUUUCUUUUUUAUCAAAUUAAACUCGUAGUAACCGUAUCACGGUGUAUAACACAGAUUAUAUAUGCAAAAUUUCUAAGUAUGUUCAAUUCA